AUGUCCAUAACGGAUCCAAAUCGACCUUCCUACUCUAAUCUUGAAAGAGAAAAGCCGACACCUGCAGAAGUAACGUUACAAAUCAAUCCAUCUACAAAACGUAGAUUAUUGAUCACACUUUCGUUCCCACUUUUAUUCUUAUUGGCAAUACCAUUUUGGUGGUAUGUAACGUCGAUAGAAAGGCUACCGUUGCCUGUAUCUCGCAUAGAUACAUUAUCGAACAUUACUAUACCCGAAGUGAGGGGUAAGAUUCUAGUCACGGCUGAUUCAGAUGCUUUUCCUACUCCACCACCUGGAAGAGCAGUCUUCGAAACUAAAGUGAUAUUGGAAGCUUUGGGUAGAGAAGUUGUUAAAGGAGUAGACGGGAUAUAUGAAAGAAGUAGACCGCAGAAGAAAAGGAAUUGGGAUCUGAUAUACGACGACAAUAAAGAAAAUCCAACUCCUUUCAAAGUCCAUUUAAGAAGAUUCGAACAUGCAAAUACUUCAUUUCCAUUGGAGCCAUAUGUUCAACCUUUUGAAAAAGGUUUAAUGACCAGUGGGAUAACAGAAGGUACCUUGGUGAUCCCUGUACAUCCGAAGCAGAUUUCUGAUAGGUUUCUCAAACAACAUUAUAAGAUCGCUUUGAUCAAUUCACUUUUAUCACUGUAUCCCGCUCAACCACCUAUGAUACCAUUGCGGUCACUGAAGUAUUCGCCUAAUAUAACGUUAAGCUUUGUAUUGCUCAAUGAGGAUUCGAGUCAAGGAAGUUAUGCUAGAAGCUGGAGUAUCGAAAGUGCCAUUCAAGACCAUUUUAUACCUCAACUCGAGCCAUUGAAGGACAUAUUCAACUUUACGAUCGAAUCGCAAAUCUUGUAUCACGCGCCUUUGACCUUUUCACCUACAUUAGGCGAACCCUCUUCAGAAAAGUGUGACAGCGCUCGGAUCGAUGCAGCACUAGAAGGCGCUAAAAGAGGGGACGAGAUGGAUGAGGCAAUAGCUAUAGACUUGAUACAAGAAUCUAGACAACAGGCUUGGUGGGUUGGUGAAGAAGAUAUGAAAGUUUUCGUUAAUUCUGAAAGAUGGUCUUUGGAUUCCGGAAGCACCAAUAACCCAGUUUUAAGAUUCCUGUUGUAUAUACCGAAAGAGGCGCAUAGACCAAUGAAAUUGGCUACAGAAGAUUCAGCACAAUCUUUCUUACUCCCUCAAUUCGGUUCAGUUCACAUACUUAAUCCCCCCUCCUUAUCCUUGACUCAAACUUCAACAUAUCACCUCUCAUCUUCAACAUUGAAAGGAUCAUUCCAUCUAUUCACGCAGCACUUGUAUUCUUUACUUGCUCUACCUGUAUUGUACGAUCCAGGUAAAAUACAUCAUCCACCUUCUCCUUCACCGCUCUUACCUCCUUCAGACAUGUGGCAAGGCAUAACCCCUUGGCAAGUAAACCAGGUCCUCCUGAGUAGAGGUAAGGAGAAUUCAGAGGAAGCAAUAAAAACUUUAAUUGGAAUAAAGAGACUAGUAAGAAAAAUCAAGGAAAUGAAAAUUGGUAAAGGUGUUAGAGAUAAAGUGCUAGGUAGUGUAGAAAGGUUAGAACAGAUGUCCGAAAACCGAUCUGCCUUGGAGAACUUCAUAUCAUCAAGAGAUGCAGUUACAUUGGCUAAUGAAGCUUUCUUUGAUCCGUCAAUGAUGGGUUUGCUGUAUUUCCCCGAUGAGCACAAAUUCGCUGUAUACACUCCGCUUUUUGCACCUGUGGCUGUCCCUUUGUUACUUGGACUACUGAAGGAGCUACUAUCGUGGCGCAAGAGGAAAAGGGCCGCUGCAGGACCUGCACCGGUGCUAACCGCAACCGCAACCGUAGUAGAAGAGUCACAAGAACAAGGGAUGGUCGUUCAGGAGCUGGUGAAUGAUCAGUCCUUAAUCAGUGAGAUCGAGCAGAGGGACGAUAGCCAAACUUCAGUAGCGACGGGAGAGGAAGUGUUGGGAGCAAGAGAACUGAGAUCAAGAAUAAAGAAAUGA